UUGCGAUUACGUAAGAAAAUAAAGAGUUGGGUUCAGACCCUUUAGUCUCGGCUUCCGGUCUAUACCCUCCUUGCGCUUUACACCGGCUUAAGUGACACUGCGGGUUGUUUGGAUGGUGUCGCUUCUCUCACAUAAACAUCCCUCUUCCCCUCAGUCGUGCUAUCGAGUCAGUUUCAAUGCUUGUCUUUACGUGGAAUAUACUUGAACUUUGAUCCAGAACGCGUAAAGAGCCGAGAAUGAAGGCUCCAAUAAUCUCGGGGGCGUCGUUGCGAAGAGCGGCGGGAUUCGCACCCCGUAGUGCUCGCCCGCCGGGCAGUCGAUGCGUACCCAUCCGGCUGGCUAGCGGUAUAUCGCAACGGCCUGGUGUAAGCUAUUUGUCUUUCCCCGGCGCUGUAAAGAGUGCCUUUACGAGUGACCUCAAAUUCGUAUUACCCGCCGAUCUUCCCGCUAUGCCCACGUACCGAGCCGUCGAUCAGGACGGCAAUAUUAUCGACCGCUCGUUCCAGCCCGACCUCGGCGAUGAAGAGGCCAUCAAAUUAUACAAAACCAUGCUGACAGUGUCUAUUAUGGACCUUAUCAUGUUCGACGCGCAGCGGCAGGGACGUAUAAGUUUUUACAUGGUGUCGGCCGGCGAGGAGGCUAUCAGCGUGGGGUCAGCAUCUGCACUGGCCCGAGAGGAUGUGAUAUUCUGCCAGUAUCGCGAGCAAGGAGUCUUCGCCCAACGCGGCUUUACUUUGAAGGACUUCAUGAGCCAGCUCUUCGCGAACAAGAACGACCCGGCCAGGGGGAGAAAUAUGCCCGUGCAUUACGGGAGCAGAGAGCUGAACAUUCAUACUAUUUCUUCACCGUUGGCUACACAGAUACCCCAGGCGUCUGGUGCGGCGUACGCCCUCAAGAUGCAACGCAUCAACGACCCAUCCCUACCGCCGCGUGUCGUUGCCGUUUUCUUCGGCGAAGGGGCGGCGAGCGAAGGCGACUUUCACGCCGCCUUGAACAUCGCCGCAACGCGGUCUUGCCCGGUUAUAUUUAUAUGCCGGAACAACGGGUAUGCAAUCUCCACGCCGACCUUGGAGCAAUACCGAGGCGAUGGCAUUGCCAGCCGGGGAAUCGGAUACGGACUCGACACCGUACGGGUAGACGGAAACGACAUCUGGGCCGUUAGAGAAGCCACGAAGAAAGCGAGGGAGAUUGCCCUCCAAGAUGGGGGGAAGCCGGUCCUGAUCGAGGCCAUGAGUUACCGUGUGAGCCACCACAGCACGUCCGACGACUCCUUCGCGUACCGGGCCCGGGUCGAAGUCGAAGAUUGGAAGCGGCGGGACAACCCCAUCGCGAGGCUGCGCAAAUAUUUGGAGGCCAAGGGCUCUUGGGACGACGUCAAGGAGAAAGACGCGCGGGAGAGCAUUAGACGAGAUGUGCUGAAGGCGUUCUCGGAGGCAGAGCGGGAGAAGAAGCCGCCGAUUCGGGCCAUGUUUGAGGACGUAUACGAGGAGUUAACCCCCGACCUGAAGGCCCAGAUGCAACAGCUAAAGCAGGUUCUCGAGAAGUAUCCCCACGAAUACGACCUAGGCGAGUACGAGGACGGAAUCGAUAGCUUGAAGCCGUAGGUAGUACCUGGUGUCUACCUGCCCUCGGGCACCCAAUACCUGUACUAUGCGAUAGAAGUAUAUGCCACAGAAGACAAGUACCUACUUACAUCCUAGGCCCGAGACUGUCAGGUGAGGUGGGCAUAUACAUACUCGAUGGUGGAUGUGUGGCGACGAGUUUUCUUAUGAAAAAAAUAUUUCUCCGUCUGAUAAUUGGUAGAUCUAUUGACGAUUGCCAGCGCAUGUCAGCCACGUCGAGCAAAAAGACAAGGAAGAUCUUUACCGAUCGCCAACAGAUAGAAAGUCCGUCGUACCAACUACAACCCAGCGGAGGGAUACAGCUGAAGGCGGCUUAGAGGCAAAUAUAUAUUUUCCAGAAUGCAAAGAGGUAGGUAGCCAGAACCGGAUGUCAAUAGCGGCUACGGAGUGGUUCCCUUCUGUCUCUUCCCCGACACGUAAAGGCGUUAGCUUAAUGGAGGCGUAGGCGAAGGCGAGGAUGAGGACGGCUCUGGGCUGCGGGUCGGAGUCAAUUACUCGAACAUCUCGGGUCCUUCUCUAUCCAUAGGCAUAUAAGGCAUGACACAGUUGACGUAUUUUUACAUAUACAUGAUACGUACCACGCCUCUGCUCAUUUACGGUUGUAUCACAGAUGGC